AUGGCCAAUUCUAGUGCCGACCAGGUGCUGUGGCCGCCUUCGCGCGCCAUGUUCGACUUGACCCUGCAAUUCGAAGAGAGUGUCCUGGGUCUCGCCCCUUCCUCGAUAGUCAUUGCCUCUGCCCCGAUCUUGAUCAUACAUUACCGCAAAAAUCCUGCCCGUGUUCAGGGCAGCAGCAGCCUUCUUUGGGCUAAGCUGUUUGCGGCGGCGGGUCUUGUGGCCAUCGAGAUUGCGACCGUUGCUCUGCGAACAGCUUCUUCCGAUUUCCGCACCAUUACGACCUUGCCAUCUGUCGCCGUUGACCUAGUCGCAGCCAUCACAGUCGGGCUCAUCAUUUGCAUGGAGCAUCGACAUGCCAUGAGGGGCUCGGCUUUCAUCGCCAUCUAUCUUCUUGUUGCCAUUGUUUUUGACAUUGUCAAAUCGAGGUCUUUCUUCAGCCGGCCAGGCCUAAACCCUUUCGGUCCAGAGUUCGCUUCCAGGCUGCUGUACCCGGAUUUGAAACAGAAAUGGCAAACAAAGGAGAUUCCAUCGAAGCGGAACCUUCUUACUACUUGCUUUCGGGCAUGGAAGGUUCUCUUCAUCGCCAUCUUGGUGCCGCGCCUAUGCCACUCAGUCUUUUCAUUCGCGCAGCCCUUUCUCCUCUAUCGGCUCAUUCAAGUCGUCACUGAGGAGAGGGCUACCACAUCUACGCAAGAAAAAGUCGUGCUUGCGCUCGCUACUUUGAUCACAUUUGUGGGAAAGACCGUGGCCAAGACGACAACCUCCCACAUGAAGAACCGUCUCGUCACCCAUGUUCGAGGAGGACUUAUAACCAUGAUGCUUGACAAAGGUCUCAGUUUGCCGCAGCAGGAAGCGAGCAAAUCCAGCGUCUUGACACUCAUGAGUACAGACAUGGAAGGAAUCGCGGCAGGCUUGCCAGACCUUCAUGAACUUUUCUUUACUCCAUUUGAGCUGGGCCUAGGCAUUUACUUUCUCUCACGCUUUGUAGGAAAGUCAUGCUUUGUCGUUAUAGCCCCACUGGCUGCUUCUACAAUUGCUACGUAUUUCUUUGGAAAGUGGAUGCGGUCGAGGCUCAUGACCUGGAAUGAAUACAUUGAGCACAGAGUUGCCCAAACCUCAAAGAUACUUGGCCAACUUACAGCCAUAAAGAUGUUUGGCCUGGGAAAGACUAUCGAAAGCUACCUCCAAGGUCUCCGGGAGGUUGAGAUUCGCGCAUCCAAGAGGUAUCGGAACCUGCAGUCUGCGGCGAAUAUCCCACCCAUUUUCGCGGAUUUGGUAACGCCAGUCGUUGUCGUAGCUGCUGCAUUGUUCUGGAGAACUUUUGAUGGCGGGAUUUCGGCUGCGACCGUAUUCCCUAGUUUGAUUAUCAUUGUUCUAGUCAAAGGUCCGCUUGCGUUACUCCUCGUUGGAUAUCCAGGUUGGACUGGCAUGCUUGGCUGUUUCCAAAGAGUUCAGAAGUUCUUACUUCUAGAGGAUAGAAAAGACCCUCGGACAAUAACGAGACGCCCCGAUACUACUACGGCAGAAGAAACAGCUGUUAUCCACGCCGACGAUGUUGUGGCCCGGCUUAGCGGCGCAAACCUCGCCCCAUUGUGUACCCAAGUUCCUGUUUUGCAAGACGUCAACUUCUCCAUCACAGCGGGCUCAUUUAACUGCGUUCUCGGUCCAAGCGGAUCCGGAAAAUCGCUACUUCUACAGAGUAUUCUGGGUGAGGUUGAGCUGAUGGAUGGCUCCAUCUGCCUUGACGACGAAUAUGCUGGCUAUUGUGGGCAGAUGGUUUGGCUACGCAACGCUUCAAUCAAGAGUAAUAUUGUCGGACCAGGCGCCUAUGACGAAAGACUUUUUAAAAAGGUCAUUAGAUGCUGCUUGUUGGAAGACGACAUCAGGCAAUUACCUGGUGGCGUUGAUUACGUGGUUGGCACUGGUGGCGUUAAGCUGAGCGGUGGCCAGCGUCAGCGUGUUGCGCUCGCUAGGACGCUGUUUGCACGCAUGUCACUCGUGCUAUUGGACAAUGUUUUUAGCUCCCUCGAUCGUCGCACGGCCGUCUCUAUUUUGUUCCGCCUUUGCGGCGAAGAUGGGUUCUUCCGGGAAGAAGGGACCACAGUUGUUCUCACCAGCUACUUGCCCGAGGUCAUCGACAUUGCUGACCAACUGCUCGUUCUUGAUGGCAAUGGCCAUCUCACAGUUGACCAAAGUCCCAGCAGGGACGCCGCACGGGCCAAAUAUGCUCAAAGCAUGAUUUCCCAAGAAAAUCUUCGAUCAGAAGACGAGGAAGCGACAGAGCAAGCCGCCAUUCGCCGAUCGGAAGAACUUAGGCAACGACCUCCCACUGAGCCGACCGUGAACCCUAUCAAUAGCAGACGGCGAAGUCUCCGGCUUUACAGACUCUUCUUCGGCACUAUUGGGUACUUGAGAACAGUACUCUGGUGCUUUUCUAUGCUUGUGGUGUCAGCUGGAGAGUGCGCCCCAGAAGUGUAUAUGCGGAUAUGGAUCGACGUGGAUCCCAACAACAACUCCUACUUCAUAGGCUAUGCGGCUAUUGCUUCCUGUACUUGUGUCCUAUUUGCCUUGGUGUUUGCAUCGCUGUGUAACCACCUGACUCCACGGGCAGCACUCCAAUUACAUAGCCAGUUGACCAGUACCGUCGUGGGAGGUACAAUUGCGUUUCUUUGCGCCAUUGACAAAGGAGUAUUGGUGAACAGAUUCAGCCAAGAUAUGAGUCUAGUGGUUCGCAAUUUACCUCUUGCAUUUAUGAGAACAAUUUACAUUUUCUGGACUGCCGUCAUCCAAACGGGCAUUGUUGCUUCUGGGGCUUCUUACAUGGUCAUUGCCAUACCGUUUAUUAUCAUUGCCUUUUAUCUUAUCCAGGGAUUUUAUUUGCGCACUUCGCGGCAAAUGAGAUCUCUUGAUCUGGAGGCUAAAUCACCGCUUUACACACACUUUGAAGAAACAGCAGCAGGUCUGCUUUGUAUUCGAGGAUUCGGGUGGCAGGCAGAGAAUCUAAAACGAGGAUUUGAUCUUUUGGAUGACUCCCAAAAAGCCUUUUAUUACAUGAUCACUAUCCAGCAAUGGUUGGGGCUGGUUGUUGGACUUUUAAUCGCUUCACUUGGCAGUAUUCUUGUUGCCUUUGCACUCUUUCUCAGCGAGAGUACGUCGGAUACAGCAAUUGGCCUUGCGUUUUUGAAUUUGAUCCUCUUCGGCCAAACUUUGGAGAUGUUAAUUGGUGCCUGGACCAAUCUGGAAACCUCGGUUGGCGCUCUAGCUCGACUGGAAGAAUUCAUGAAGGAAACUCCGCAAGAAGAUGCUCAGAAGCUAGCUACGUUGCCCCGAAACUGGCCAUCGAUGGGAAACAUUGAACUCACAGACAUGUCCGCCCAAUACCGCAACAGCGAUGACCCAGAGCAUGAACCAGUGCUACGAAAUGUUACGCUAGCAGUUGGCGCGGGAAAGAAAGUUGGCCUCAUCGGACGCACCGGCAGUGGGAAGAGCUCACUCUUCCUCGCUCUCUUGGGGUUCUUACCAUACAAGGGAGUCAUGAAGAUUGAUGGCAUAGAUGUUGCAUCUGUUCCCCCCGAUGAGCUUCGGUCACGCAUCAUUACCGUUUCACAAGAUCAGAUCCGGCUUGAAGCUAGUAUUCGAGUCAAUCUUUUGCCCUUUACCCUCAACAGUCCGGAUGUGCUUGAUGAGAAGAAACGGGAGGCAGCCGAGAGAAGGGACAUUGCGCUCCGCGAGCUGCUGAUGCGCCUCGGCAUCUGGUCGCAUGUUGAAGACAAGGGCGGCGUCGAUGCCAUGCUGGAUGAUGCUGGCUAUUCCCAUGGUGAGAUGCAGCUCUUUUGCCUGGCCCGUGGUAUUCUCCGCUACAAAGACACGGGAAGCAAAGUCGUCUUGAUCGACGAGGCUACGAGCAGUGUGGAUGAAGAGAGGGAGAGGAGUGCUCAGGAAAUUAUGCGAGAAUCAUUUCCAGACUGUACGAUGCUGGUCAUUGGACACGGGAGGUCGAGCAUCAGAGGUGUUGAUUGCAUGGUAGAGCUGGCGAAUGGCCGGGUUGCCCACAUUGAUCACAGCGCUGCAGAUACGGAUUGA